AUGGAACUGCUGACUUGCACGCGUGGCGAGUUCGAAGUGAUGGCGGAGGGAUUGGCAAGGCGUUUGGUGGGAUGGCGGAUAUACCGAAAGGAAGAUAUUUUUGGUCGGAUAAUCACGUGGCUUGAAGGCUCUAGUGCGCUUCAGCGUGGUGUGGGAGAUGACCACAGUGAGCGUCUAAUCGUAACAUUCUUUCUUACCUACAGUGAGUGCUACUGUCAGCCGCAGCUGCACUUUUUUCCGGAGCGCCCGCUGAGUGCUCAAGAGUUGUGCACGUUGAUGGGCGAGUGUGUGUGCUCAGACGCUGAAGAGGGAGGAAGCUACGAAGCCCCUAUAAUAUCCAUGACAUUCUGUGAAGAGUUGCAAAUGGCGCUCUGGGGUCUCCAUCAAUGCGACACCAUGCAGCUCCUGACAGCCGUUGCGUCGGAAGGUGUCAAGGGGAAUUUGCUCGAGUUGUUUCUGCAAGCCGUUGGCCAGCUUGUCGGGUUGGAUGAGAAGCUUCUUCCAUCGUGUGCCGCGUUGGCCACGCGGUGUCCUCAGACAUAA